GGACAAUGAAAGGGCCCAGGGUCUUAAACCUCCAUGUCCAGUCACAGGUGAGAGAAAUGUGUAGAAUCGUAGAGAGAGAAUGUCGAUACUGUGGGAGAAGAGCCAGACAUGGAGAUGGAUGGUGAGAAAGAGCAGGGACUCAAAGCCUUUCUUCUUGGCUUUUGCCACCGUAUGCGGUGUUAUUCCGGGCAUCAUAGGCUACGGCGUCAUGCAGGUCACCAACUCUCGCAAUGAGCAGCUCGAGGCCCAACUUCGCCGCAAAGCCCGUCCCGACACCGUCAUGAUGGGGCAGACAAAUCGCGAAAGGCUUGCUGAGUUCCUCGGGGAGUUGGAACGGAAAGAGGAUACAAAUGAUCGUUAUGUUGCUGCUCUGAGAGGAGAGACACUGACUAGAAAACCAUAUGUGAGAAUCCAGCCAAUGCCCAAAGACAUUGAUAACAACACUAACACCCAAGCCAACAAGGUGGAAAGUAAGCAACUGCCUAAAAUGUAAGGAGGACACUAUUUGUGAGACAAUUUAUUUUAAAACAAAGCCACACCCAGUUUGAUGUUAGAAUUUAAUUCAAUAUUGGUGUGAUUAGUUUAUGUACUUGGCUAUUGUUGUUUUGAUUGCGAUCAGGCCAAGUAUUGUAUGCAACUAUGUUGUGGGUUGUGUUUCUUUUUCUAUAUUGGAUAUGAAUUUUCUGCUUAGUCACCAUAAGCUGAGUCAGGCCAAGUCCUGUAUACAAAUACUGGUUUUGAACUUAUGCAACUAUUUUGUAGGUUGUGUUCA